GCAACAGAGCGUUGGCGGUUGAAGAUUAGUGCGCGUGUGAACAAUCCGUUGUGUUCGGUGUAUUGUCUAAUCACUUGUUUUAUUUUUUUUUACUUUACUGGAACAAUGUUUCUAUUUUCGUUGAUUGGGAUCUGUGCCGUUAUCUAUUAUGUAAUACAAUUUAUGGUGUUCUAUUUCUUGGACUCAGACUUUGAGCUGUAUUUGCUUUCGAAGCUAGGCAAACCUGUUGAAUCUCUUCGUGGUAAGGUGGUAUGGAUAACGGGAGCCUCGAGCGGCAUUGGUCGCGAUCUCGCCAUUAUUUUGGCAAAGCAUAGCGUCCGGUUGUGUCUCUCGUCCCGAAAACAAUCCGAACUGAUGAAAGUGAAGAAAGAUUGCUUGGACGCUUCCCGCGGAUAUUUGCACAGCAACGACAUUUUCGUAAUGCCGAUGGACAUGCUCGAGAUCGAAAGCCACCAGAAGUACUUCGAUAACGUCAUCGAUCACUUCAAGACGCUAGACAUUCUGGUCAACAAUGCUGGUCGUUCUCAGCGCGCUGAAUGGAACACCAUUCAGCUGAAGGUUGACCGGGAGUUGUUCGAGCUGGAUGUAUUCGCCGUUGUCAACAUGUCCCGGAUUGCGUUGAAUUAUUUCGUAACGAAUGGGCUGCAAGGUCACAUUGCCGUGACUAGUAGCGUCACAGGACUGGUCGGUUUCCCCAACUCAGCUACCUACACUGCGGCGAAGCAUGCUUUGCAUGGAUACUUCGAGACUCUCCAGAACGAAGGAUUCGGUAUUGAUGUAACCAUUUUCUGCCCGGGACCCACGGCCACCAAUUUUCUUCAGGAAUGCUUCACCAGUACGUCCGGAGAGAAAUUCAGCAAACCAGUCAACGCUGACGAUCGCCGACUGACCAGUGAACGGUGUGCCGAAUUGUACGCAAUUGCCUUGGCCAACAAAACUCCCCUCAGCUGGGCCGGAACAAGGCCGAUGAAUUUCAUUUUCUACAUCGGUUGUUACUAUCCGAAUGUGAAAAGAUGUUUGAUUAACACACUAGGAAUGGCGAACAUCGAUCGACUGAGAAAUGGCCGUCCGCUUGGAUCAAAUUAAGUAGUUAGGUUAAGUUUUUAAUGAUUGAAGAG